UGCGCAACUCAUAUCCUCCCUUAAUCCUCUCUUUCCUUCGGAGUCCCCAAAACUUACCCCGUGCCCCUUCUCCAUCAUGCGACGGCCUCUCCUUGCGCUAUAGCCCAACUCCGCCUCCUCCUCCAUGGGCAACUGCUUCACCAAGAACCCCACCAACCCCGCCCCGGCCGAGGGUGAGGGCGAGGCAGGCGCGGAUCCGGUCCCGAGCUCCGCCCCCGACGAUGCCCCCGUCCAGAAGGCCCCGAUCCCUACGGCGGCCUUCACCCCGCCCCCCAAACCGACCGCCAUCGGCCCGGUUCUUGGCCGCCCGAUGGAGGACGUCCGCACGACAUACUCCCUCGGGAAGGAGCUCGGCCGGGGCCAAUUCGGCGUGACGCAUCUUUGCACCCACAAGGCUACCGGGGAGAAGCUGGCCUGCAAGACCAUCGCCAAGCGGAAGCUCACCAACAAGGAGGACAUCGAGGACGUCCGGAGGGAGGUCCAGAUCAUGUACCACCUGUCGGGGCAGCCCAACAUCGUGGAGCUGAAGGGGGCGUACGAGGACAAGCAAUCGGUGCACCUGGUGAUGGAGCUGUGCGCUGGCGGGGAGCUGUUCGACCGGAUCAUCGCGAGGGGGCAUUACACCGAGCGGGCGGCCGCGUCGCUGCUGCGGACCAUCGUGCAGAUCGUGCAUACCUGCCACUCCAUGGGGGUGAUGCAUAGAGACCUCAAGCCGGAGAACUUCCUCUUGCUUAGCAAGGACGAAGACGCGCCUCUCAAGGCCACCGAUUUCGGGCUCUCCGUUUUCUUCAAGCAAGGAGAAGUAUUCAAAGACAUAGUCGGCAGCGCAUAUUACAUAGCACCUGAAGUUCUCAAGCGAAGAUACGGGCCAGAAGCUGAUAUCUGGAGCAUAGGGGUGAUGCUCUAUAUUUUUCUAUGUGGAGUUCCUCCUUUCUGGGCUGAAUCUGAACAGGGGAUCUUCAAUGCUAUUCUGAGAGGACAGAUUGACUUCACAAGUGAUCCAUGGCCUAACAUUUCACCUGGUGCUAAGGAUCUUGUGAGAAAGAUGCUAAAUUUGGAUCCAAAACAGAGGCUAACAGCAUUCGAAGUUCUCAACCAUCCUUGGAUCAAAGAAGAUGGAGAAGCACCUGAUACACCACUUGACAAUGCAGUUCUCAACAGACUGAAACAGUUCACAGCAAUGAACCAUUUCAAGAAAGCUGCUUUAAGGGUAAUAGCAGGAUGCUUAUCUGAGGAAGAGAUCAGAGGGCUGAAGGAAAUGUUCAAAAAUAUGGAUUCUGACAAUAGUGGAACCAUUACUCUUGAAGAACUGAAACAAGGUCUUGCUAAGCAAGGAACAAAGCUAUCAGAGAAUGAAGUCAAACAGCUAAUGGAAGCUGCUGAUGCAGAUGGGAACGGAACCAUAGAUUAUGACGAGUUCAUUACAGCGACAAUGCACAUGAACAGAAUGGGCAGAGAAGAACAUCUGUAUACAGCUUUCCAGUACUUUGAUACGGACAACAGCGGCUAUAUUACUAGGGAAGAACUUGAGCAAGCUCUGAAAGAGAAGGGGCUGUAUGACGAAAAGGAGAUCAAGAACAUAAUUUCUGAAGCUGAUGUGGACAAUGAUGGAAGAAUUAAUUACGAUGAGUUUGCGGCCAUGAUGAGAAAAGGGAACCCUGAACCAAAUCCAAAGAAAAGAAGAGAUGUGGUUAUUUAACCUGAGCAUGUAAAAGAGGGAGGAGAGGAUCAGUUCUGUUUGAACUUGACUACGUAUCCUAUACUUUGGUGUGGUGGAGAAAUCAUGCAGAAGAUUGAAGGCUAAUUAUGGGGGCGGGGGGAAGUGAGGAUAUUUCAUGUACAAAUCUUGCUUGUGGGGAUUAAAUUAGGCGGAGAAGUGAUCAAACAUCUUUAUGGCAUAUAAAGGUGUUAGCUUUUGUGAACUUUAUACAGAGUUAAACAAUCUUAUGUGAGCUAAUGCCAGUGAAA